UUAACCAAUUUGCAUGUCUUUCCCAAUCAUCAAACAUAUACACAUCAGCAGAGACAGCAACUCAGUAAAUCAUUUAUUUUUUCAAUCAAGGUGAGGGGUUGUCAUGGCUUCCGCUUGUGCUUCCACUGCCAUUGCAGCAGUUGCCAUCUCUACACCAAGUUCCCAGAAGAAUGGAUCACCCUUGGGAACCCCAAAAGCUUCUUUUCUUAGUGGGAGGAAAUUGAGGGUGAAUAAGUACACAGCACCAGUUAGAGGACGAUCCAGUACUACAGAGUGUGCAGCAGCUGACGUUGACAGGCCUCUAUGGUUUCCAGGAAGCACCCCUCCUCCAUGGCUUGAUGGCAGUCUCCCAGGAGACUUUGGGUUUGAUCCUCUAGGUCUUGGAUCUGAUCCUGAGAGUCUGAGAUGGAAUGUUCAGGCAGAGCUUGUGCACUGCAGAUGGGCAAUGUUGGGUGCUGCUGGCAUUUUCAUUCCAGAAUUCCUAACAAAGAUUGGUAUCUUAAACACACCUUCAUGGUACACAGCUGGAGAACAGGAAUACUUCACGGACACCACUACCCUCUUCAUAGUUGAGCUCAUUUUCAUUGGCUGGGCUGAGGGUAGAAGGUGGGCUGACAUAAUCAAACCAGGGUGUGUUAACACUGACCCUAUCUUCCCCAACAACAAGCUCACAGGGACUGAUGUUGGUUACCCAGGUGGUCUUUGGUUUGACCCACUUGGAUGGGGAAGUGGUUCUCCUGAGAAGCUCAAGGAGUUGAGAACAAAGGAGAUCAAGAAUGGGAGAUUGGCAAUGUUGGCUGUAAUGGGUGCAUGGUUCCAGCACAUUUACACUGGCACUGGUCCUAUUGACAACCUCUUUGCCCACCUUGCAGAUCCUGGCCAUGCUACCAUUUUUGCUGCUUUUACCCCCAAGUGAAAAGUUUAAGAACAGCUCUGGAUGAGAUUGCAAGCCUGGGAGAAACAUUGGUGAACACCUUUAACCCAAGUAAUAGAGCUGAAAUGAUUUAUGAGAGGAGUGUUUAUGUCCGUAGAAAGCUUGUGAUGUGGCUAGUCUAUGUCAUGCACAGAAUGAUAAUUCAAUGUACAAACGCCUAUUUAAGCUUUAGAUGCCAUGAAUGUAAGUUCAGGUGAUGAUCA